UCUCUGCGGGAGCUCUGUACGCCGCGGCUCCCGGCAGCGCGAAGGCGGCCAGUCGGAGCGGUUUCAAACUUAGAAAACCGCGCUCUGAUCGCUGGAGCGAACAGACUCUUGCCACCUCGAGUCCGGCUCUUUGAGCGGGCGUCAGGCGCCCGGCUGCUGCUAUGCCGGGGCACAGCCCGUAACGGUUCUGACGGGCAGUUGGGUAGGGCUCCGGGGGCUGCAGCCACCGAGCUCGGUAACUUCGUUUAAAAGCGAUACAAACAGGUGCGUUUUCCCGAUUACAGACAAGCUGCUUUCUUCAGAUGUGAUUGCACUUAAGAAAGAUGCAUGUGGCCUUGCGGUAUUACACACCGCAUUCAUACGUGUGAAUCAGAAGUGCAGAUAUGGCAGGCUGGAAUGCUGGCACUGCUGACAAGGAUUAGUGAUUUGGAACCCUCUUCCCAAACCAAUUUCCCACUUUUUAUGCAUAAGCGAUGCACAGAACACAAACUUAGGUUGCAGUGUAAUUGAUUCUCCUCACAGUGCUCAGUCGAGUUGCCUGUUUUGAGUUCCAUCCGAAUCCAUUGGCAGUGUGGCUCUCAGCCUGUUCUGACACUUCAAAACUUCAAGGUACUUCAAAAGCAUUUCUCUCUGCAGUGCCAGUGUUUCUGCACCUGGCAGGACACCUGAGACAAGGGCGCAGAGAUCCGUGCUUUGGGGUGAGCAGCAGUCAGCCUUUAGUAGCCCAUGGCCCUGGGUAUUGGAGGGAACUACUGGGGAUGGUCACAGCCUCCCCACUGCUGUGCUGGCUGAGACGUAGGCUACUGACAGACACCCAGAGGUUUGCCAAGUCUCAGUAUUUAGUCUGCUUUUCUGUUCAGCCCCCUGUGCGGGGUCUGUCAGUUUAAUCAUGGAGGUAUGGGCUGGAAUUUUGGGCAGUUAUUGUUAUUGGUGAUAAUCGUUUAUCAUCUCAGCAUUGGCUUAGGCAUCUAUUUGUGUUCUCACUCAGCAAUUACGUUUUUUGCUUGGAAGUGAUUGCUAACAUGGUUACUUUCCAACACUGAUUCUUUUCCUGUGCAGCACAAAAAUAAACUGUUUUGUGGAAGCAGAAAUGCUUGGUAGUGGUAGGACUUCGUGCGCUUGCCUAACAUGCUGUUGCAAGGACAGUCAGUAUGGAGAACCAGGAGUUUGAGCUCUGCAUCUCUGCUUGAUCUUGACUUGCUGGGUGAUAUUAGGAGCUGCUUCCCAGGUCCUCUUGAUUUUGUUUGAGAAGUUAGAAUUACCUGCAAUCACUGGUAAACCAAGAGUCUCGAACGGAGAAUAAUGACAAGCACCUACCUAGAAGAGCUACUGAUGACUGAGUUUAAGAAGUCAAGCUAGUGCUGAGAGAAUACCUUCCCUGGAGAAUUCUAAUCGCAGUGCUGGCUUGUGGCUGUGCUGAACUAAGAAACAGCCGAGCUGAAAUUUCCAGACUAAAAGAUAUGACUGCUUCUAGUAACCUUGCCAUUGUGCUGGUUCUCCUCCUGCUCUGCAGCAGUUACUUGCCUUUCUCACUGAGGCUCUUGGUCUUCCCAUCUACCACAGUCAAGAAGACUGCCGCAGACACAGUGAUCAGGACUGUUGGGGAGAGGUGGCAUUCAAGUGAUGAAGAAAUAGGAGUCAUUCAUCAGUCUAGUGAGAAAGCAGCUCUGUGCUCACUUUGAAAGAGGCCAGUGCAAAAGAUACCUAGGACAAGGAAAGUUACGGGAUUAAAUGAUCCUUGAUCAUGAAAGCAAUUGCACUGGAGACACAGAAUGCACGUCUGCUCAAAUGCUGAAAAAGUUAACAGCACUUGCUACCCAUGUGGUGGAAACGUCUGGAUGACUAUGAAUCAACAGCAAACUCUCAGCUGUAUGGCUGCUACAGCAACACAACAUCCAAGAAAAGAUGAACUUUGAAAUCCGCAUACGGGAAGGCAUCCGUAAACUGCUUACAGUGAGCACACAGAAAGACCAGCUUUUGCAAGCAGUUAAAAACCUGAUGGUCUGCAAUGCACGGAUACAUGCAUACAGGACAGAGCUGCAGAACCAAAUGGAAGGGCCUGUCUCAUGCAGAACUGGAAAGUGGUUGUCAGGCGCUGGGACAAAGGACCGGAUGGCAUGUAGAGCAAAAGUUGCUCUCUCAGAUAUUCGAAUACCAUUAAUGUGGAAAGACUCUGAUCACUUCAACAAUAAAGAAAAAUCACAGCGCUAUGCAGUGUUUUGUUUGUUCAGAAUGGGAGCUGAGGUUUUUGAUACAGAGGUGGCAAUUGUGGAUAAAGCAAUAACAGAUAUCUGUUUUGAAAACGUAACCAUAUUUGAUGAAGCAGGACCAGAUUUCCAGGUGAAGGUUGAAGUGUAUAGUUGCUGUACAGAGGAGUCUUUAUAUGUAGCAAACACCCCUAAGAAACUAGUAAAGAAGCUUAAAACAUCCCUCAGCAAAGCUACAGGGAAGAAACUCAAAGCUACGCUGGAAGAAGACGGCACUGACUCCAUUUUGCUCUCUGACCCAGUCAUCCAUGGAGCAAAGUACAGUUUGCUAGCAUCUACCACUUUGGGGCUGGAGAGUGCCAAGGACAGUUUCAGGACCCACAACCUUACCAUUACAGGAAAUGAGGAAUCUUCUUUUUGGCUCCCCCUGUAUGGAAACAUGUGCUGCCGUUUAGUUGCUCAGCCUUCCUGCAUGGCUAGAGAUAUGAUGACAGGAUUUCUGAAUCAACAGCAAAUGAUAGGAAAUCUAACCAGCUGGAGGAGGCUGUAUUGCGUACUGAGAGGUGGAAAGCUCUCUUGCUAUCACUCACCAGAAGAAAUUGAGGCUAAAGUGGAGCCAGCCCUGAGAGUUUCGAUCAAUAAGGAAACCAGAAUUCAAUCUGUGGAUAAAGACUCCAAAAGAAGAACCAAUAGCUUUUCUGUUAUCAACCCCCUGCCUGGAGAGGCUGCGACUCAACUUUUUGCUACUGACAGUAGGGAAGAGCUUCAGAAGUGGACGGAGGCUUUCUGGCAGCACUUCUAUGAUCUGAGCCAGUGGAAACAUUGCUGUGAAGAACUUAUGAAAAUUGAGAUUAUGUCACCACGGAAACCACCUUUGUUCUUGACUAAAGAAGCGACCUCUGUCUACCAUGAUAUGAGCAUUGAUUCUCCAGUGAAACAUGAGGGCUUAGCUGAUAUCACACAAAGAAAAAUUGAAGAGAGUGAUGGUGAGUUCCUGCUUUGCCAGCAAAAAGAGCCUGCGUCUUCCUUAUGGGCUUCACUCUUUGAUGGAUCUCACGAGAUGGUUGUUCAGAAAAAUAUGCAUACUGCAAGUCCUAAUGAUGGCAGAGGGAAGAAAAGAAGAGCUCCACCUCCACCCUCUGAUAAACCAGCGUACAAUGCAAAAGCACGUGGGAACGCAGAGGAACGGGACAAGGAGAACUGGGAGAGGCCUGAUGGCACAUCUUGCAGUUCUUUAGAUUCAGUGUUAUCUAUGGAAACACAACAAUUGCAGGCACCCGCUGCUGCUCCUCGCAGAAUCUGUCCUUGUAGGAAAAACAGUUUGGCUGACCAUAGGAAUCCCAUGUCUUUGGUUACUAAAACAGAGUCUGAAACCAAACCGGUACCAACCCCGAGACAGAAAUGCAUCACAGAAGUGCUAGACCCUAGGUCACGGUUACAGCCACAGACUUAAUUACUGGCUUAGAAAAUUCCCUGGAAUUUUAAGUUCUUCAGCCUUAUACUGCAACUUCUGAGUGAAAAUUAGUAUUGGCAUAUAGUUUCUAAAUACUGAGGCUAAAGCCUUGUUGCUUGGUUGCUUUGUUGUUUUGUUUCUCUGUUUUUGGUCUUUUAUCUAGAACACUACUACUAGCUGCAUUAUUCAUUUACUUGUUAUUGCUAACAUCUGAAUAAUUACACAAAUAAUGGGGAAGGGUUUAUCUCUAUCUCAAAUAAUGAUGCUAUUUUUGAAACAAUGUUUCAGUACUUUUCCCUUGAAAAACUCAGUAUUCAGGGUAUCUCAGUGUCUGUGCUGCAGGGAUUUUACUGUGGGCAUUUCCCAGUCCCUCUGCUUAUCCCGUCUGCAGCUCCUUAAACUGAUUCAACAGGGAAUUUCAGAUAUUCAACACCAGUCUCCCAGAACUGAUUUUCCUGUGCUUCGUGCUUGGUUUCACCUGAAAUAUUUCCAUAUCUCUCUCAAUGUUUAAGAACUGCUGCUUGUAAGAUAAUGUGCUGUGAACAGUUACUGCACACUUCUGAAUGGCUCUGGAUGAGUUUCUGAAGCAGUUCUACCCAUGUAACGGGAUCUCUGUGGUCCUCUGUGCUGCAUGCACGUCUGAAUGGACUGCGUCUGUCUGCGUACGAACAAGAAUGGAAUCCAUCAGUAUGGUUUACUUUGGACUAACACAAACAUGUCAAAGCAGUACUGCCUAUGAAUACCUAUUUGGGAUUUUUUUUUUUAUCUUUUUUUUUUUUGAUGAAUGAGGCUUUGUAGCAUCACUCCUCCUUCACGGAACUUCUCAGCUGUUCCUUGUAGAUAGCUUUUUGUAGAGGUGACGGCAUUACUGGUAAACAAAUAGGUUUUUUAUUUCCCCACUCAUUUUUAAAAAAGAGAACAAAUUCCUCAGUUGAAAAUAUUGAACUCUGAUGUUCUUAUGUCACCAUUCACCAUUUUUAUAAGAAGUGUGGGUUAUUAUGGUUCCUGUGGCACCUGCAAAAAAUCUAUUUAUGCAGAAAAGAUUCCUUUUUCCUGAAUCAACAGCUUAAAUACCCAGCCCUUUCCUUGCUUGAUGCGUUUCUCUCAGAAGCUGGAACUCAGCUAGGAGCAAAGGUCUGCUUGCAGAUUUUCCUCUAGAGCCUUAGUAUUCAGACUUGUGUUGAGUCAUAUCAGCAACUGUAUACAUACACUUCUUUUUUUUUUUUUUUUUUUUGAAAGUACAGAUGGCUUUGGGAGCUUUACCAUUUCUCUGGAAGGUAUUGUGUGCGUGGCUGGUUAGUUUGUUUAUCUAUUUUUUGUCUUUUGCUAAGCUCUUGCUAUACAGCUGUAAAGGUAUCUGCUGCAUUUCCUCAGUAGUUCAUUGGCUGUUUGGGACGGAAUUUGAUGGGCAGGUUUCAUUUACAAAUCCCUUGGUGGGAUUAGAACCCUCUGUUUAAGAAAUGUCAUUGUUCGUUCUUCAUUUAAUCACAUUCCAUUUUCCCUUGGAAACAGCCAUAAUAAUUCUUACAACAAAUCGUGCUGUUACUUAAGUGGAUGGUUUGUGAAUGGUUUAUAAAUAGGAACAGAAAAACUGAAGAAUAACGAUGUGAUUAUGUAAAUUAGACACAGUCACUAAGUGGACUGUGCAAUUCUGAACAAGAAAUAGGGAAAAAUAAACACAGGGGAAAGAAGGUGCAGCUGCAGAUUAUUUAGCUUUAAAUCUAGCAUUAAAUGUAACUCUCCUAUGAAAAAAAAAGAAUAUCUUUUUUCGUGGUAACCCCCUUCCAAUUAGUUGCUAUAUUUCAAAAUACAUCUCUCAAAUAUACGAGGCAAGAAGACAACAUAACGAGAAUUCAUUUUUUAAUUCAACAGGCCAUUGAAUUUCAAUGAGCAGUUUCCCUGUUAAAUUCAGGAGCUUUGUUUUGAACUACAACAUACAUAUUUUAGGCAGGCAUUUAAUAUUAAAUUCUUCAAGUGACGAGCAUUCGCCCAUCCCUCCUGUUGCAAUAGUUAAUUACCUCAGGUACGUUUUUCACUUGAUUUUUCUAUUUGCAUUUGUAGCUCCAGCUUAAGUUAUUUUGGUCUUUUUAUGCCUUUGAUUGCUUAUAUUGAUCUCUGUAGUAUCAGCUUUUCUAAUUGCUUGUGUGUAGCUAUAAAUCAUGAUUAUGUCCCUUUUAACCUUUUCUCUGAUGAGAUAUACUGAAUUCCUUAACUUUCCUAUGGAAAUGAAUGCUAUCCAAGACUAAUUCAUCUUCACGUUCUUCUCUGUACUUCUCACAUAUUUAAAUGUUUCUGUGUGACCUCUGAAUGAGAUGCUACGUGUCAACAGUGAUCCAGCAGGACUAUACAGACAUAGUGUGAUCUUCUUACUCUGAUAAAUACCUCCCUACCCUAUUUCCACAGAAAUCACAUUAUCCUUCUUUUUGCAGAAGCAUUACCUUGGAUGCUGACUUUUACGGCUCAGGUCCUCUUCAGAGUCUCUUUCUAGAAUGUGGUACUUCGUCCCCUUAUUAUCCUAACGUAUUUUUUCUUGGAAGUAUACACUGUAUUUUACCAGCCUUAAAAUACCGCUUAUGAAGCGAUCCAGAUUGCUGUGUGUAAGUGACCUGUCCCCAUUCUUUACUACUCCAGCAGCCUGCAUGUCCUUUGCAAAUUUAUUGCAAGUGAUUUUUACAGUUUCUUCCAGAUCAUUGAUUUUUAAAAUUGAAUGCAAGGCAAGGUUUGUAGAAAGAGGUGAUAAGUUUUUAUUAGAUCGGUGACAUGGGUGGGGGUGGGGAAAAGCAAACAGGCCAUUGAGUUCAUGUCUCUUUUUUCCAAGAGCCUUUAAAAACUGAAUAAGACGGAAAUUCAGGGCAAGCCUCCAUGCAUCCUGCUGAUUCCCUACGAAUACUGCAUUUUGAAAUUAGUUAUCUUUGAAAUUAGUUAUCUUUGAAAUUAGUUAUCUGUUUUCAGCGCAACAGUCUGUAUUGAUCUUUAUCUGUGACGGGUAUUUUAGAGAAAUGAAUGUACGUCUGGUGUGCGCCGGGUGCCCCGGGGUCCUAAGGAUAACACUUCAGUGCAGGUGUUUUUGUAAGCUCAGCUUACUGGAUCAAAGCAAAAAAUGUAGCCUGUUGUCUGAGACCUCUUCUCCAUGAGGUUGUGUCGACUGACAUACACUCUAUCCCUGAGUUAGUCUCAUACCAUCCAUUUCACUGCAUUGCCCUGAUCACCGUAAGCAAAUGAGGCCAUUAAUUACCCUGAUCAUCCUCUUUCCGCACAACAGUAUUGUUCUUGCAGUCCUGCGAAAUGUCAUGACACUGCUGAGACUUGUUAAACUAAUUACAUGUUUAGGCUCCUACAGCUGGAAAUGUUUCUGCUACCGAAUGUAGUUUCUGCUAUUUUAAGCAACCAAUAUAUAAUCCCUGUUAUGAAGCAUCAGUUGACUUCAGGUUUUAAUAUUUAUUGUACUGACUUAGUCUUUUUUCUUUUUUUUUCCCCUCGUGUUGCCUCUUAUUACUGCCUUCUCAUCUUCUGUUCAGCAGGCUGCUUUCACUGAUUAAAAACUGCAGGCUACCAGUGAGCGUUGAUCUCAGCAAUACAAUAAAGUCAGUUCUAGGGAAGAGAUUUGUACUCUGCUUUUGUCUACUCAAAAGAACAUAAAUAAAAGUAAUAAAGCCAGCAAAUUCUAGGAGUAUAAUUACAAGAUAUAUCUGUGAGGAAAACUUAAUUUUUUUUUGGCUUUUCCACGCGGUGACAAAUUAUAAUAUUUCACUAAGACAUUGGUCCCCUUCUAAUCAUUAAAAGACUUGUUCAGGAAUUAGAACUUCUCCAUUGUUUUUUGCCUCAAGUGUGCCUGACUGUAACAAGGGCGAAAAUUCAGCAGAACUCAAUAGCUGAGUCGUUUUACUAGCAUGUACAGACAGUGCAGAAAUAGGAACUAAUUCACAAAGGGUGAAGGGAAGUCAGGCAGCCUUCUGCUGAGGUGAGGCUGGGUAAGGCAGCAUGAGACCAGUGGCGUCUCCUGGCCCUUGCAGCCCAGGUAUUUGCCUCUCACAGCUGUGCAGGCAAACCAGUGCACUGCUGCCUUGUGGUGGAGUCUGGAGCAAAAUAGUGUUCUUGCAGAGACACUGCACUGCUAGUGAACUGCCCCACCUGCCUACUGUUGUGCAGCAAAGAUGUUGGUAGCUUUGUGCAUCUUGUUCAUUUGCUGCUUCUGAGCUGCACUGAUAUGCUGCUUUUGUGAAGAACACGUCAAGCUUGCUCUGAAAUUUGUCCUGCUUGUUCUCUGCUGGAAUUAAUUAAUUUCUGCUUAAAAGCAAUUAAGUAGUGAGAUUGCAGCCUUGAAGUAUAGCGAAGACAACAGCCAACCUUUCUGUUAGGAAGCACGGUUUAAAAGCUAGUCCAAACUUGAAUGUGAAUUUCACGUAGCACGAACAACUUCUGCAGUGCUGCCUGCACAAGGCCUUGAUUUAGCAACUUUUUAGAUGGUACUUUGUGUUUUGUGCUGUUUACUUGGUCUUGCAAUUCUGAAGACUUUAGCUUAAAUGUUUACAUUUUUACAUUUGUAAUUUUUUUUUUCUGUAGUAAUGGUUAUAAGUAGUUAUUUUUAUGGUACUUUUUACAUAUCUUAAAAAUACUGUCCUAGUAUUCAGAAUUGAUUUGUAAUUAAUUACAGGAAACGAAUGUAUUGUGAAAUAUUGGAACAGGAAUUCUAAUACUGUGCUGCAAACGUACUGUAUUUGGAUUGAAAUUAAAGAUGCU